UGUGGUGGCAGCAGCAGUGGAUUUGGCUUUGGGACGGGGACCGGGACCCGUGACAGCAGCCAAGGUGUGGUGGCCCCUGGAUGGGAACUGAAGUCUGGGGAUGGCAGGGGGGCAAUGCCAAUGAAAUGGAUGCUGGGGUGCAGGGAAGGAGGAGGUGAUGCCGUGGUGUCGCUUCCUGUCCCCACAUUUGGGCUCAGCCACAGGAGCUGCAGAACAUGAGGUGCACCAGGGGAUCCCCAAUGCUACCAAGUCACUGCAUGGGACAGUGCCUCAAGACGUGGAGAGUGUGAGGUGCUCAGACACAUCUGCUCUGCUGGAGAGCACGGUGGGCAAAGGCUCUGGCUUGCUGUAAAGGACCAGGAGUGAUGGUGACACGGCUGGGAGGUGGCAGUGAUAGUCUCUCGAGGACCGUGGGACUGAGGUGGUGCUGUGCAUGUCCCCCACAGUGCCACAGCCCUUUGCUUCCUCCUUCGCUGCACCCUUCUCCUUUCCCUGGGCUGAGGUCUCUGUCGGAGAGAGGGAAGUGCCUUUUGGGGGCUUUCCCUGCACCACUGCUGCUGGCAGCACAUUUUCCUACUGACAUUUCUUUGGGGGAGAGUCUGGCUUUUGCUUUUGUGGAGCCCAACCUGUUGGUGUGAGCAGGGCUGUGGACACCAGCUGUGCUGGAGUGGGAACUGUGGGUGUGGGGCUUUUGGUGCUGUUGCAACUUCUCCCCUGUCCCCCUCCCCCCCCCCACGCCAUCCUCACACACACACAGGAUGGGUUGCAUGAAGUCAAAGGAAGACAGCAUCCAAGAGAAGAUGCAGUUAGGCCACGAUAAGAAGGACCCUGCGUCUGGCAGCAAGCAACACGAUGAACACGGAGUGUCUGCGCCCCUGCUGGCGGAUGGCUCAGGGGACAACGUGGUGCUGGCACUGUAUGACUAUGAGGCGAUGCACUCUGGAGACCUGAGCUUCCAGAAAGGGGAGCAGCUGCAGGUCCUGGAGCAGCUGGGAGAGUGGUGGCAGGCAUGGUCGCUGGUGACAGGGCGCAAGGGCUUCAUCCCCAGCAACUUCGUCGCCCGAGCAAACUCACUGGAGGUGGAAGAGUGGUUCUUCAAGGGUAUCAGCAGGAAGGAUGCGGAGCGGCAGCUGCUCAGCCCCGGGAACACAUUGGGAUCCUUCAUGAUUCGGGACAGUGAGACGACCAAAGGUUGCUACUCCUUGUCGGUGCGGGAUGGGGACGGCCUGCAGGGAGGCAGCAUCAAGCACUACAGGAUCCGGACACUGGAUAGUGGUGGCUUCUACAUCUCCUCACGCAGCAGUUUUGACACACUGCAGGAGCUGGUGGAGCACUACAAGGGGCAGAGUGAUGGGCUGUGCCAGAGGCUCACCUACCCCUGCAGUGUGCCCAGACCCCAGAAGCCCUGGGAGAAAGAUGCCUGGGAAAUUCCUCGGGAGUCACUGAAGCUGGAGAAGAAGCUGGGAGCCGGGCAGUUUGGAGAAGUUUGGAUGGCAACCUACAACAAGCACACCAAGGUGGCAGUGAAGACAAUGAAACCCGGCAGCAUGUCUGUGAGUGCCUUCCUGGAGGAGGCAAACCUCAUGAAGGGUCUGCAGCACGACAAGCUGGUGAGGCUGCACGCUGUGGUCACCAGGGAGGAGCCCAUAUACAUCAUCACCGAGUUCAUGGAGAAAGGGAGCCUGCUGGACUUCCUGAAGAGUGAGGAAGGCAACAAGCAGCCACUGCCAAAGCUGAUCGACUUCUCUGCACAGAUUGCAGAAGGAAUGGCUUUUAUUGAGAAGAGGAACUACAUUCACAGAGACUUGAGAGCUGCCAACAUUCUCGUGUCAGCGAUGCUGGUGUGCAAGAUUGCAGACUUUGGGCUGGCCAGGAUCAUUGAAGACAAUGAGUACGUAGCUCGGGAAGGUGCCAAAUUUCCCAUUAAAUGGACUGCGCCAGAGGCAAUCAACUAUGGAUCUUUCACUAUAAAAUCUGAUGUCUGGUCCUUUGGGAUCCUCCUGACUGAGAUCAUUACCUAUGGGCGCAUCCCAUACCCAGGGAUGUCGAGCGCGGAGGUGAUCAGAGCUCUGGAGCACGGCUACCGCAUGCCCCGUACGGAAAGCUGUCCUGAGGAGCUCUACGAUGUCAUGAUGAGAUGCUGGAAAACCAAACCAGAAGACCGUCCCACCUUUGAGUACAUGCAGAGCAUUUUGGAGGAUUUCUUUACUGCGACAGAGGGCCAGUACCAGCAGCAGGCAUAGAGCAGAAAGCACGGUGAAGGCAGCGGAGAGCACUGUGCACGCUAUCCCAGCAGCAUAGCACGCACCCUGCUCCUCCCUGUCCCACUUGUGGUGUUCAGUGUGUGCCUUCCUCAUCUGCCAGCCUGGUACAGAAAAUGAUGGCUUCCAGUUAUGGCCUGGUGGGGCAAAAGUGGAGCAGUUCAUUGGAGCCUCUGGGUACAGCACUGCAGCACUUCAUCUCAUCCCUGCCCCGGGGCCCUGCAGAGGUGUCACAUGAACCACAGCUCCCUUUGGGUGUCCCACACACUUCUUGUGGUGCUUCAUCUGCUGAGGGUGAGGAAUGCACACACAGUGGGGCUGAUUGCACCUCAGUGGUAUCAUACAAUCACAGAACCACAGAACACGGUGGGAUGGAAGGGACCCACGAGGAUCACUGAGCCUCUCUGGGACCACCAGCAUGAUGGCUGCCAUCAGCAGCACUGCAGGGCUUUGCACGACGAGCAACGAAUGUUCCUUACGCACUCAGUUUGUCCUUCUGGUUUUCUUAGUAUUUAAUGAUGUGGCAUCUGGGGAAGAAGAGAGGGAGAAUUAUUUUUGUACAGAAUUUUUGUCCCCUACUUCUUACAACAGAGAGACAGCGAUUUUUGUUUUCUCCUCACAUAAAAAAACACCGCUGUUUGCUGGCUUUAAUAUCUGCUUUGAGACGCUUGUUUGUGGUCAAUAAAAUAUUUACGCCGCCCCACA